AUGGCCCAGCGGAGCCCGAUCUUCCCGACGCUCGGCCCCACGGAAAGGCGCAUCCGGAAUAUCCCGCUGCACAGCCAGGCUCUGACCGCUGUUCCGCUUGGGUCAGCCAGACUGGUGGACCAGCUCGAAGACCGCAUCCUCAGCCAUGAGAAGACGACGGCCGCCCUGGUGGAGCACGCCUUCCGCAUCAAGGAGGACAUCGUCUCCACCCUGCACAGGAUGCAGAACAAGGGGGGAGGAGACCGCCUGGCCCGCCAGCUCCUCGAGGAGCACAUCCGCAACAUCACCGCCAUAGUCCGGCAGCUCAACCGCGACAUCGAGGUUCUGCAGGAACAGAUCCGAGUCAGGGAUAACCUCAGCUACGGCACGAAUUCGACCCUGAAGAGCCUGGAGAUGCGCCAGCUGUCCAGCCUGGGCGACCUCAGAGGCCGCGUCGCGAGGUGUGAUGCCGGCUUAGCCAGGCUGUCUGCUGAGCACAAGGUGACCUACGAGCGACUCCAGAACCUCAGCAAAGACCAGCAAGCAUCAAAACUGAUCUUGGAGUCGAAAAUCAAAGAAGCAGAAAUCCAGAUUUCUCACCUUCUAAGCCGAAUAGAGCAGUCCAUCAUGCAGCAGGAAGCCAAGCUGAAGCUGGUUUAUAAAGAGAGCAACCAACAGCUCCACCUCCUGGACACAAAACUGCAGGACACCAUCGAUUACCUCAGCAACCAGAUCUCGUCCAAUCGGAGCUGGAUGGAGCAGGAGCAGGAGCUGAUUCAGAAAGAGUUCCGGGAGAAGAUCGAUCAGCUGUCCUUGGCCGUCAAAGAGAAAAACGAACAAGACGAGAGAGCCCUGGAGCUGCGGUUUUUCAGCGAGAUCCACGGGAAAAAGGAUAAAGUGGAAGAGGUACAAAAAAUGGCAGUGGAAGAACCAGCGGCGAAGCAGGCAGAGGAACGGCUCAACAUGCAGCUGAGCAAACUCCAGGUGGAUGUCAGUGAGGAUAUAAAAGAAGUGAAGGCGGAAGUGAACGCAGGGUUUGCCGCCAUCUAUGAGAGCAUCGGAUCCUUGCGGCAGGUUCUCGAGGCGAAAAUGAAGCUGGACAAGGAAGAGCUACAGAAGCAAAUCCAGCAGGUCAAGUAA